AUGUCCAUUACAUCAGAAAUGAAUUUGAUGGAUCUCCUCUUUGAUAAGGAAGAUCCUUCCCUGCCUAUUACUUUUGAUAAGGAUGAUCUGUACCCAAAAAAUGAAUUAAUUGACAUUGACACCAAACCAUCAUUCGGCAUCUCUUCUGAAGUCUGGCCCAGCAACCCAGAUGAGUUCCUGGACUCUCUUCUCAAUGGAAACCCAUUCGAUGACUCUCUACUUGCUGAAACAGAAAUCAUGGACCCACUUUCCGCUGAUAUCUGUCUGUCAAGCAAUGCGUCCUUGUCACCUACCGCUGCUGUUGUGAGCAGCAGCAGCUCUGACAGUGGAGUCAACAGUGAUGUAUACAGUGAUGUCUAUAGUGAUGUUGGUGGAGAACAAUCAACACAUGAUAUUGCUGAAGACAGCGGUGCCUCUGUUGAUUUGCAAAUGUCUCCUCUGAAACAGGAAGUAGAAGAGGACCUGGAUUUGGAUGUUUCUUCAGUUCCUGCUUCGCCAGAGGUUUUAUCAUCUCCAGAAGAGGUUACCCAUUUCAAUGUUCUGGAUUCAGCGGCAAUCAAUGCUGGUAUCUUUGAUUCAAAAUCUUUUGGCCCACUCCAACUUAAAAACAACACUGCUAUAAUUAACAUGAACUUGGCGUCCUCUGAUACAGAACUGCCUGUUGCACCACGUCAAUCAAAUGUGUCAACACAGCAGUUAACUCUUCGUCCUGUCAAGACCUGGAAACGCAAUGGAACAGGCGCCAGCUCUGCCACAGUCCGACAAAUGAUCCGUGUGACUCCAAUGCCUGCUCUUGGUUCUUCUAACUCUUCACACCCUCGUUCAAUCCUAUUACCACUUCAGGAUCUCAAAGAUGUUCGCACUAUCAAAAUUGUAAAUGCAAAAAAUGCUGCAAACAAUAGAGCAAGAUGCCGUCCCAUGGUACCAGCUAUAGGGAAGGGAACUCCAGUCACCCUUCUUCAAGUGAAACCUGGCACUGUUUUGAACACCAUGAAUGCUAGUCCAGCCCAGAGCUGUAACAUUAGCAGCAGCAUGAGUGACAUACUCAACAUGUCUGGAGAUGACUCUAGUGAUGAUUCCUCUGACAAUACCAUGGAGACGCACAACAGCCAACAACCAUAUCCGAGACUUGUUCUUUCCUCGGAAGAGAAGCGUUUGAUGGAGAAAGAGGGAGUAACACUUCCUACUCAUUACCCUCUUACUAAGCAAGAGGAACGAGAGCUCAAACGAAUUCGUCGAAAGAUAAGAAACAAAAUAUCAGCUCAAGACUCUCGAAAAAGGAAGAAAGAAUAUGUUGAUGGAUUGGAGGAUAGGGUGAAACAAUGUACUGAUGAAAAUCGAGAAUUGCUGAAACGUUUGAAGGUGCUGCAAUCGCAAAACGAAUCACUUGCCACUCAGCUGCAACGUCUCAGAGCAGUUGUUGCGCGCGGCGUGUCAGGAAGUGGAUCUCGCGGAGCUCAGCCUGCCACAUGUCUGAUGGUUCUUCUCCUGUCACUUGCUCUUGUUAUGGUUCCCAACCUUCGGCCAGGAAAUAACACCUUGGAGGACCAGGAGCUUACAUCAGCUAAUAAUGCUAUUAGCUCAGAUAAUAAGCUUCCUGCCUUGCCAGGCCGAUCAAGAACUUUGUUACACUCCUCAGUUGGAGCAUUAUUUGCAGCAGACUCCACAGAUGACUUGGAAUUAUUGGAUGAGGAAGAAUUCAAGAUCACCAUUCCUCAGUUGGGGAAAAGACGUGCCAGUGAUCUUGAGGCAGAGGGCAAUGCUCUCUUUGAUCAUGAUUUUGGUCCUGUUGAGACCAAGCAAGCAAGAUAUUCAAUUGAUCCAGGGGACAAAAUUGUUCAUCAGUUCAUCGAUCCUGCUAUAGAUGAUGUGUGGCCUCCUCCAAAAAAGCAGAAGAAGGAUUUCUUACCGAUUGAUGACAGGAUUGAAACUAUGGUGGAACAACUUUUAAACAACAAAACAGAAGAGCCUUCUUCUACACUAGUUCUACCAGUCUCUCAAGAAGGGCGCUGAUACUCAUGGAUGUUUUCUUUGGUCUUUUUUUUCUGCAUGAAAUUGGUAUUUGUACCCAAGGUCAUUGUUGUGGAGAGCAAUUUUAAAUUCAUUCUGAAAAUGUAUGAAGCAUCAUUAUAGUACAUUCUGAGGCUUUGCUCUUCACACUUGUUUUCUUCAAUUUUAAUGGGCUGCACUGAAGAUAAAUUGUACAAAAGAAUUUUGUGGUUUUAUUAGAUUUAUUUAUUUGGCUUUUUAUAAACUAUUAUUAUUUGAAGGGCAGUUCUAAAAUUCCGUGUCUGUGAUUUCUCUGCUUUAUUUUUAUUUUUCUCUUUUUUUAUGAUUGUGUUUCAUGUUUUUGUGUGAUUUAUGUUUUGGCAGAUGAUGGUAGUCAAUUAAGUUUGAUUGAACUUGGCCAAUGGUCCCCUCUUUUCAUAUCAGUGAGACAUUUUGAAACAAUGCCCCUCCCUUUACCGUAGUGUCUUUUUUUCUCUCUUUCUCUUUUUUUUUUCUAUUUUGUUUAAACUGCAGUUUGCUGUGGAUUUUUUGCUUUCUGUGUCACAGGUGCAGGGACUUUGUGUAACUUUAUAGCACUGCCUCUUAUGUAAUCAUGAUAGCUUUUAUUGUAUUAGUAUUUUUUUUUAUUUUUUUUUUGUAAGUAGAGGAAACCACGUGUUACAGUCUUCAGAAUGAUGACUAUGUUAUUUUUAUUAUAGAUUACCAAGCUAAAUCUGCUUGAUUGUUUAAUCCUGUAUCCUAGAAAGGUUAUGAGGUAUGUGUGCAUGUGAAUAGCUAAGCUUUUAAUGAAUUAAUGCAGGGAGAUUUUUGUAGAAAUUUUCUUUUUAGCUGAGUUUAUUUUGUGUAAGUGAUCUAAAUUAUGUAUGUUGCCAAUGUUUCUUUUUUUGGCAGAAAAUUGUGGUCUGAAAAAUAGGUUGACUAGAAUAUUGUGUCUUGGAUGUAAAACUGACUGUUUGUACAGUAUUUGAUUGAGAAUUUGUACGUUUAUCUUAUGGACUUGAAGAACAGCUUAUGCUUUUGGCAUUGUUAUGAAAUAGUUUGUCAUAUUAGAUUUCCACAUGUAUGCUUUUAUUGUUGAAGCAUGUCUUUGUAUUAUUUACAAAGUCAAGAGAAAUUGCAAGCAGGUCACUUGCAAGUGCAGUGAGCCGCCAACUUCUGUUAUUAAAGCUCUAUUAUGUUAGAGAUUUUCUUUUCUUUUUAAAUAAAGGAACAAUAUAAUUCCAUGAA